AUGUCGGAUCAGGAACAUUCGAUAGAUACAAUUCGGCGCAGGAGUCAAGUAUUGGGGCAUUUGCAGAAACUCAUGGUUGCUAACCGUGGUGAAAUAGCCAUUCGAGUAUUUCGAACCGCUCAUGAACUGUCUAUGAAAACAGUCGCAAUUUUUAGCCAUGAAGAUCGACUAUCAAUGCACCGGUAUAAAGCUGACGAAGCCUAUCAAAUAGCUAUUCAAGGAAAAUAUACACCGGUCGGUGCGUAUCUUGCACAAGAAGAAAUUAUUCGCAUUGCAAAACUACGCGGUGUCUCAAUGAUUCAUCCGGGUUAUGGGUUCCUCAGCGAGAAUGCAGAAUUUGCGCGAAAAGUUGAAGCUGCUGGAAUGGCAUUUGUAGGUCCUACCCCAGAAGUAAUUGAAAAAAUGGGUGAUAAAACAAAAGCACGACAGAUUGCAAUUGAGUGUGGCGUCCCAGUUGUACCAGGUACGCCUGGCCCCAUUUCCACCUUGGCCGAAGCUGAAGCUUUUAUCGCCGAACAUGAUUUCCCGGUCAUUAUAAAAGCUGCGAUGGGUGGCGGUGGGCGCGGCAUGAGAGUUGUUCGUGAAAAAGCCUCUCUUGCUGAUUCUUUCGAGCGUGCAAAAUCUGAAGCUUUAUCCGCUUUUGGAGAUGGGACUGUUUUCAUUGAACGUUUUUUGGAUAAGCCUAGACAUAUUGAAGUACAAUUAUUAGCAGAUAAAGCCGGGAAUGUGAUUCAUCUACAUGAACGAGAUUGUUCUGUUCAACGUAGACAUCAAAAAGUAGUGGAAGUAGCGCCAGCUAUGGAACUCGAGGUAUCAGUUCGUGAUGCUAUUUUAGCCGAUGCUAUUAAACUUGCCAAAGCAGUUGGAUAUCGAAAUGCCGGAACAGCAGAGUUUCUAGUCGAUCAAAAAAAUAGACAUUAUUUUAUUGAAAUAAAUCCUCGAAUUCAAGUUGAACACACGAUUACGGAGGAAAUCACUGGAAUUGAUAUAGUUGCAGCACAAAUACAAAUAGCUGCUGGCGCAACACUUCCGCAACUUUCUCUUUCACAAAACCGUAUUCAAAUACGUGGUUGUGCCAUUCAAUGUCGCGUGACUACCGAAGAUCCUUCACAAAAUUUUCAGCCGGAUACUGGAAAGAUUGAAGUAUAUCGUUCUUCUGGUGGAAAUGGCGUACGUCUUGAUGGUGGCGCUGGUUAUGUCGGGGCUGUAAUUAGCCCACAUUAUGAUUCAUUACUUGUAAAAGUCACUGUUCGUGGUAGUAAUUAUGAAGUCGCACGUCGGAAAAUGUUUCGAACCUUAGUAGAAUUUCGAAUUCGUGGAGUGAAAACUAACAUUCCUUUUUUACAAAGAUUAUUAACUCACGAAGUAUUUAUUUCCGGAAAGACAUGGACAACGUUUAUUGAUGAUACUCCUGAUUUGUUCAGAUUAGUUGAGAGCAAGAAUCGUGCUCAAAAGAUUCUGCGAUAUUUGGGCGAUAUUGCUGUCAAUGGGAGUAGUAUCAAAGGACAAAUUGGUGAACCUAGUUUCAAGAAACACACCCUCUUACCAACUAUUCGUUCUCUCGCAGGUCCAGAACCUGUUGAUGUACGUCAUCCACCUUCACAUGGAUGGCGUCAUUUGCUUGUUGAACAAGGACCAGAAGCUUUCGCCAAGGCAGUGCGUCGGUAUCCUGGCGUUCUAAUUAUGGACACAACGUGGAGAGAUGCGCAUCAAAGUUUAUUGGCAACAAGAAUCAGAACUAUAGACUACACUGUAGCUUGUACAAAUAAUAAUACCAUUCAAUUUUUCAAUGAUAUAUACCCGGAUCUGUUAAAUAUUGCGCCACAUACGGCUCAUGGACUUGCUAACGCAUAUUCGUUGGAGAACUGGGGUGGCGCGACUUUUGAUGUCGCAAUGCGUUUCUUAUACGAAGAUCCAUGGGAUCGUUUGUCAAAAAUGCGUGCCCUCGUGCCAAACAUUCCCUUUCAAAUGUUGCUUCGUGGUGCUAACGCUGUAGGUUACACUACAUACCCUGAUAAUGUAGUUUAUGAUUUUUGCAAACGCGCCAAAGAAACUGGAAUGGAUAUCUUUCGAAUAUUUGAUUCUUUGAAUUACGUGGAAAAUAUGCGGUUGGGAAUCGAUGCUGUAAAGAAAGCUGGUGGUGUUGUUGAAGCCGCUAUUUGCUACACAGGCGAUGUAUCAAAUCCAAAUAAAAAGAAACACAAUCUUGAAUAUUAUAUGAAUUUGACUCAAGAAUUGGUAGAUGAAGGAAUUCAUGUUCUUGCGAUAAAAGAUAUGGCAGGAUUAUUGAAACCUGAAGCUGCUAAGAUACUUAUCGGUGCUAUCAGAGCACGCUGGCCUGAUUUACCAAUCCAUGUACAUACUCAUGAUACCGCCGGAACGGGAGUGGCUAGUAUGUUAGCUGCUGCGGCUGCUGGCGCUGAUGUUAUCGAUUUGGCCAUUGAUAGCAUGUCUGGAAUUACAUCACAGCCUUCGAUGGGCGCGGUUGUUUCUGCACUCGAAAAUACAGAACUUGGCACAGGAAUUCGAUUGGAAGAUGUACAUGCGUUGAAUGAAUAUUGGGAGCAAGUUCGCAUGCUUUAUAGUUGCUUUGAAUCAGGGGUUUUGGCUGGUGACUCCUCAGUAUACGAACAUGAAAUGCCUGGUGGACAAUACACAAAUUUAAUGUUUCAAGCUCAACAACUUGGUCUUGGACAAAUGUGGAAAGAGAUUAAGAAGGCCUAUACAGAAGCUAAUAAACUUUGCGGAGAUAUUGUGAAAGUCACCCCAAGUUCUAAGGUCGUUGGUGAUCUUGCUCAAUUUAUGGUGACCAACAAAUUGAAUUAUUUUGAUGUAAUCGAAAAAGCUAAAAAUUUAUCUUUUCCAGUUUCAGUAGUUGAAUUCUUUCAGGGUUAUUUAGGUCAACCAUACGGGGGAUUCCCAGAACCUUUAAGAUCUGAUAUUAUAAAAGAUCUUCCACGAAUUGAAGGACGACCUGGUGCUACUAUGAAACCCUUAGAUCUUUUUGCCCUCAAAACUGAAUUAACCAAAAAAUAUGGACGGACUAUUCGAGAUGUAGAUGUAUCUUCAGCAGCUAUUUAUCCUAAAGUUUUUGCAGAAUUCAGGGAACAAAUUGAAAAAUUUGGAGAUGUUUCGGUUAUUCCUACUCGUUAUUUUCUUUCAAAACCAGAUAUUGGCGAAGAAAUCAGCAUUGAACUUGAAGAAGGUGUAACUCUAAUCAUCAAGUUUCUAGCUGUUGGAUCAUUAAGUACCUCUAGCGGAAAAAGAGAAGUAUUUUUCGAAUUGAAUGGUGAAGCUAGAGUUGUUUCGAUAGAGGACCGUAGUGCUGCUAUAGAGCACGUUCAACGCGAGAAAGCCAAUCCUAAUAAUCCUGGGGAAAUCGGGGCCCCCAUGUCAGGAGUAGUGAUUGAAGUUAGAACAAGUGAAGGAACUGAAGUUAAAGAAGGUGAUCCAAUUUGCGUUCUAUCGGCUAUGAAAAUGGAAACAAUAGUUUCAUCUCCAGUUUCUGGAAAAGUUGAAUAUGUUGCAGUCAAGGAAAGCGAUUCUUUGUCAGCUGGUGAUUUAGUUGUUCGAAUAGUUAAAUAA